AGUAUAUUGGCGUGGAAGUAUAAUGCUGCUAGCAACUGUUUUGAACCAGCUGCAUCACUUCAAGGUCAUACCUCAGCCGUUGUGACACUGGUUGUUGGAGCUAACAAAUUAUAUUCUGUUUAACAACAACACCUUUUUCUCCAUCCAGCCCACUACAAAUAGACACAUUAACUGAUUAACAAUAACACCCGCAAGUAAGUCUAUUGGAGAUUUUCGAUAGAUGGCUGGAGAUUCAUCAAAGGACUUGGAGAGAAGCUAUUUCGAUGUGUUGGGUCUAUGUUGUUCAUCUGAGGUGCAACUGAUCGACAGGAUUCUUAAACCUCUCGAAGGCGUUCAUCAUGUCUCCGUCAUCGUUCACACCAGAACUGUUAUUUUUCUUCACAAUGUCGCGCUCAUUUCGCAGCUUCAAAUCGGUUUUGAAAGCAAUUGCAUCACUAAGGAACCUUGAAUUAGACAUCAACAUUCUCAUGCUAAUUGCAGCUGGAGGCUCUGUUUUCCUAAAGGAUUACUGGGAAGCCGGGACGAUUGUGUUUUUGUUGAAUAUAUCAAAAUGGCUCGAGACAAGGGCCAGUCACAGGGCCGCUGCUGUGAUGUCAACAUUGUUGAGCAUAGCUCCUCAAACCGUUGUAUUAGCGAACACUGGUGAAGAAGUCAACACCAAGGAAGUGAUGGUCAAUACAAGACUUGCAGUUAAGGCUGGGACCAUGAUCCCCAUUGACGGAGUAGUUGUAGAUGGGAACCGUGAACUUGAGGAGAAGGCUUUAAUUGGUGAAUCGUUUCCAGUUUCUAAACAAGUAGAUUCCAAUGUUCGGGUUAUAUCACUGUUAAAACUACCACUCUAGCUGAAGCUUGUGUGGUAGCAAAGAUGGUGAAGCUUGUCGAGGAAGCUCAGAGUAAUAAAUCAAAAACUCAAAGAUAUGUGGACAAAUUCGCCAAGUAUUACACACCAGGUACA